GUUAUGGAUGUUCAGUUCCUGGUGGAGAUUGGAAUGCAUGGAGGAUACUUCUCCAAUGAUCCUUUGCUUCUUCUCACUCUCAUGAAGUCAACCUUUAAUUCUGCAGGACUUGACCCUUUCAAAGAUGCAGAUAAUGAUGGAUGGGCCAUUGAUGCAGCCACUAAAACAAUUCAAAAGCUUCUAGAGAUUGAGAAAACAACAACUAUGCAACCAAAAGAGAGUGUAGUUAACAAUGAAGAAGAAGGAGAAUUACAUGAGAGCCAAUCCAACCAAUCAGCAUAUCUCUCUGAAGAAGGUGAUUUGAGUUCCUCAGAGAAUAAUAAUAACAACAAUAUUGAUGCUUUGGAUUUUGAUGAGGAAGAUGAGUUAGAAGUUGCUAUUGAUACAAACACAUUGACGGAACAUAGUGUUAGUACCAUGCAAUCAGCUCCAACAAUUGCCAUUGAUGAGAAAGGACAAAAUUCUGACGAAAUUAAAUCAAAAUGAAACGAGUGACCCACCCACCUUGUUAUAAAUUUCAUAUGUUUACAAUUACAUGAUUUAUUGAUUUUUGGAAAAUUAUGUUGUGGCUAAAUGAGUAAAUGUACCACAUUUUUUAUCAUUCAGAAUCUAUGUGAGGAAAAUUAUACUCUCUGAAUUUUUCUUCUCCAAUUUAUAGAUAAGCUUUAAUUUGUCGCCAAGUAAUAGGUGAAUUGCUCAUAUAUUCUUUACAAUUUAUUAUAUUCAUAUAUUUGUUUACAAUUUCCUCUCUGCCUCUCCUAAAUAAGAAACUUGAACAACACCAUAUUGCUUUGUUUUAUCUUACAAAAGCUAAUUUUCUUCUUUGAUCA